UAAACAUAACGCAACAAAUAACAAUAUACUCUUACUAUUUAAUAUUUCUAAAAAAAAUAAUAUUUGUACCGAUAACAGAAAAUUAAAAAUAAUAAUCAUGGGCGAACACACGAUAGAAAACUUACAGGAAGUGCUAAGUGGGUGCAUUAAAAAGAGUCAACGAAUUUCGGACAAGAAGAUUACGAACCUGACUGCUCCCGGAGAAAACUACGGUAGUACAAUGUUAAAGUUGGACGUAACACUGAAAGACGAAAAUGAUGGUACGGAAGAGGAACUACAUGCCGUAGCCAAAAUGAUCCCUGAACAAGAAUUUGUAAGAAAGAUAUUCAAUAUUCAAGUGACUUUCAAGAACGAAGUGGCAAUGUAUAAUGUCAUAGCACCCACACUUCGAGAUUUCCAACGGCAGAACGGUGUUAACGAAGUAAUUGACUGUUUCCCAGAGUUAUACGGUGCUAGGUUGAAUCUGGGAGAACAAAAUGGUAAUGUGGAUGAGAAUGCGGUGCUGAUAUUAGAAAAUUUGAACUUUAAAGGAUAUCGAUGCGUAGAUCGCCACGUAGGCUUCGACCUAGACACGACCCAGUUAAUACUCAAAGACUUGGCAGCUUUCCAUGCCAUACCACUGGCCCUGAAGCUGAAGAAACCAGAAGUAUUCGAUAAAAAAAUCAAACCAUACUUGGCUCCAUUCCAUCCUGGCCCUAUGCCAUUCGAAAAUGGAAUCAACUCAGUGUACAUAGAGAUUCUUCAAGAGUCAGUCAAAUGUAUACCUUGGAUACCAAAAGUCAGAAACAUUUUGGAGAACGUAAGAGCAGCACAAGAUGCACCGGCAAAGGAACCAUUCGCGACGACAACUCACGGGGACAUGUGGUUAAAUAAUACUAUGAUAAAAUUUCAGAACAAGGUACCUGUUAGCAACAAGAUGGUUGACUUUCAAAUCUGCGACUAUAGAUCACCAGCCACAGAUCUGUUCUUCUUUCUCUUCGUAAAUGUUCAGCAGUCUGUACUACAGGACGAUUUCGACGGUUUGAUUGAAUUCUAUCACAAACAUUUUAUUUCCCAUUUGGAGAAGUUGAAAUGCGACACUGCUCCUUUUAGUUUACCUAAGUUUUUAAAAGAAAUGAAAGAUGCGACGUCAGUUGAAGUCGAGCAUUGUUUUAAAUUUAUAUUUAUAAUUUUUGGGGAAAAGCAUUCCGCAACAUUCGAUCCCUCAGUACCAUUUGAUGAGGAGAAAAUAAAAGCAAUGAUAACCUUGGCUACGAAGGAGAAAUUUUGGAAUCUAAUCCAUACAAGCGGCAAGAGAGGAUGGCUGUAAUGAAAUGAUAUCUACUUAAAAUUCUUGUAUAGGGUGGUAUUCGAUGUUAUUUUAAGGUUCAUUUUAUUCCCCGAAAAAAAGCCCCCACUGUCUCUUUCCUUCGUCUAUGUAUUUUUCUCGCAACUUUUCUUUUAAAAAUUUCGAGUAGGUGUUUUUCUUUUAUUCAUGCUCCAGGUAAAAAUUCUAGAUAGCACUAUAACAUAAAUUGUUCUAGUCAUAAAGUGCCUAUAUCCUUGUCCUUUAUUUUUACUAAGUUCUCCUUACCGUCAAAAAAGUGUCUACCCAUACUUCUUUUUAUCAGAAUCUAUUAUUUCAAUUAUCUCAUUCGCGUUGUUACUUUUCGACCCAUUUUUUUUGUAUUUACUCUACUAUUUUACUUUUUCCACCCUUUUAUUUUAUUUGGUUUCCCAUUCCUUUUUUCCCAUUUUUCCUUUUCUUUUUUGUUAAGUCUUUAUUCCUGCUCUGUGGUUAGCAACGAUGCCAGGAGACUAACCUGGAAAGCUUUUCUGUUCUUGCUAAAUAUAUAAAUUAAA